AGCUGGGAGCCGGCGGGCGGGGGCUGCUGCAGACAGGCGCGGGAGCCGGCGCAGCGGCAAGUGCAGGUCGGACGCACGGACCGGGCCCAUUUCCCUUUCACCUUUCUUCCAUCUGCUCCCAGUUGUCUUCAGCAUGGGGGAGCAGAACCACUCUCCUGGGAAUGAGCUUCCGCACAGGAGGAGAGCAGAGAUUCCCGGAAAGAAAAGCUGGCACUCCCAGGCCUACGCCCUUGGGGCUGUUUCCAACUUUAUGUCUACUUUUCUGACCUUUCCUAUCUAUAAGGUUGUGUUCCGGCAACAGAUCCAUGCCAUGGCAGUGUCAGAGGCUGUGAGACAGCUUUGGCACGAAGGUCCUCAAUACUUCUACCGGGGAAUCUACCCUCCUCUUCUCUCCAAGACGUUGCAAGGGACUCUUCUGUUUGGGACUUAUGAUAGCUUGCUGUGCUCUCUCUCUCCUGUUGGGCCACACACUCUGGGACAUCGCUGGGCUGCAGGGCUCAUGUCUGGUGUGGUGGAGGCUGUGGCACUCAGUCCCUUUGAAAGGGUGCAAAAUGUGCUCCAGGAUGGUCGCAAGCAAGCUCGCUUCCCCAGCACCUUCAGCAUUCUCAAGGAAUUCAACUCUUACGGUCUUUGGGGGCGCCUGUCACUGGGCUACUAUCGUGGUUUCUGGCCUGUCCUGGCCAGGAACAGCCUGGGGAGUGCUCUAUAUUUUUCUUUCAAGGACCCAAUCCAGGAUGGCCUGGCAGAACAAGGCCUUCCCUAUUGGGUUCCUGCCUUGGUGUCUGGUAGUGUCAAUGGAACAAUCACCUGCCUAGUUCUGUAUCCUCUGAUUGUGCUGGUUGCUAAUAUGCAGUCCCAUAUUGGAUGGCAGAACAUGCCAAGCCUGUGGGCCUCUGCCCAGGAUGUGUGGAACACUCGGGGCCGAAAGUUGCUCCUGAUCUACCGUGGAGGCUCCCUGGUCAUCGUAAGAUCAAGUGUGACAUGGGGCCUCACUACAGCAAUCCAUGACUUCCUGCAGAGGAAGUCUCGCUCCAGGAAAGAGCUGAAGACUGACUAGCUGCAGAAAGUGUGGCCAUGGAAGCUUUGGUAUUCUAAAUCUUCCCUGGUGGGUUCUUUACUGCUUACUUCUUUGGCUCAGUUGCCUAAUACAGCCAUUCUUUAGCAUCUGUAAACUCAAUGCAUGGGAGAAGUUCCCGACUACCAACCUGUUGAGCACAGACAAAGCCCAACAGGAUUCCUUAGUCAAAAAGAAACGUUCGCCCCAGUCUCUCCACAGCUUCAGUAGCCUCAGAGCCAGGAGGCCUUUAAAUAACCAUGUAACUCAGAUUAAGCGUCAUUCCUUUAAGGAAUUCCUUGACAAUAAGAGGAAACUUAAAAAGAUGAGCUUACUUAGCACUGUGAGCUCUGCAACCCCUCUAGGUGUCCUCCAGACCAAAAUGAGUGGAACUCCAACUUCAAAGAACUAUGCUUGACUCUUAGGAUGGGAAUUUCAUAAAACUUCUCAGAUGGCUACAUUUUUAUGAUAUUGUUCACUUCCUCUAUCACCACCCCUCACUUCUCAAGGCUGUGGAUCCUACUUUCAGGGUAGUAGCUGUGGCCGGAAAUCCUAAAUUAGACUUGCUUAAACUCAUCAUGUCCCACAAGAACUAGUGGGGCUGGAGACGGGAGUGAGAAGAGGUGUGGCCCAUGCAUGGAAAGAAUAAAAACUUUGAAAGAAGAGAUUUAAUUACAUGCAAAAUAGAAACAUUUAUUAUUGUCUGGUUGGUGUUACCUGCCAGGAUAUUUCUGAGAGCAAGGGGAUAACAUUGCCUAGAAACUAUUUGAAUUUCUCUAAGAAACCUGGAAGUGAAGUGACCAUAUCUCUUCACAAAUAAUUCCAUAUUUUGUUGAUGUGGUAAAUGUAGUUGCUAUGACAUAAAGAUCAGAAAUCUUAGCCUGUCAUUCAGAGCCAUUCAAUAUAUGGUCCUCAUAUAACUUUCAACAUAUUGUCACUCCACUUACAUAAACCCCAAACACUAGCCAAGGUGAACUAUUCUUCUCCUCCCAAACAUUCCAUGAACUUUCCUAUGGCCAUACUUUGGCCCACACUAUUCUUUCCACCUGCAGUGCUCCUUCUUCACAUGCCAGUCUACCAAAAUCCUUCCAGUUCCUCAAAGCUCAGCUCAGAGGUCACCUUCUCUAUGGAGCCUCUUGAUUUCCCCCAAAUGAAUGUGACAUUAGUCUCUGUGAUGCCCCUUUCUAACAGCACUUCAUACAUGGUACUGAUUCCAUUAUGUCACUAAUCUCAUGCGACCCUGUGUUCUUGUAUUCUUCAAUACCUCCUUCUAGACUGCAAAACUUGUUGAAAGCAGGGAUUCUUGUAAGCAUUUUUAAAUCUUCCAUUGUGCCUGGGUGCUCAAUAAUGUUGGUUGAAUUAUUGAAUUGAUUAUCAAGCUGUGAUAUGGUAUAUCCUCAGGGUGCUGUCCCUUGUACAUGAAGAUAAUGUUAUUGACUCACUGUCAGCAAGACACGUGCCUUUGGGCUGUGUUUUUGUUUUCUUUUAAUAGUGGAUUUAGUUUUGUGCUAAUGAGAAUGAUGCUGCUGCUGCUGAUAAUAAUAACAAUAAAAAAUUACUUUCAACUGGAAUA